GGUCUUGUUCUGGGAAUCUACUCAAGUGAAAAGGAUGAAGGUGCUGCCCACUUCACUAGUGCAGGAGAUGCUUUUGAUAGGCUUGUGUCUGGAAAGCUGAGAGAACUUCUGUCCCUAUGUGGGCCACCUUUGAAGAAAGGCAAAACACACAUAUUCCAUGGCUUGCAUCAGGACUUUCCGAGUGUGGUUGUAGUUGGCUUGGGUAAGAAGAAUGCUGGAGUAAAUGACCAAGAAAACUGGAAUGAAGGCAAAGAAAAUAUCCGUGCAGCUGUUGCAGUUGGUUGUAGGCAGAUCCAAGAUCUGGAGAUCCCUUGUGUUGAAGUAGACCCCUGUGGAGAUGCUCAAGCGGCUGCAGAAGGCGCUGUCCUUGGAUUGCAUGAAUAUAACGAGCUGAAGCAAAAAAAGAAACCGAUAGUUACUCCUCAGCUUCAUGGAAGUGCUGAAAGUGAGGCCUGGCAAAAAGGUGUUAUCUACGCUGAGGGUCAGAACCUCGCUCGGUACCUUAUGGAGGCUCCAGCUAAUUAUAUAACUCCAAUCAAAUUUGCCGAACAUAUUGAACAGAAGCUCAGAAGUUUCAGCAACGUGAAGGUCCAUAUAAGACCGGAGUCUUGGAUAGCAACACAACAGAUGGGAGCAUUCCUGAGUGUAGCUAAGGGUUCGGCUGAACCUCCCAUCUUUCUGGAAAUUCACUAUUUAGGUGGUGCUAAUACAAAUGACUCCCCGCUGGUAUUUGUAGGAAAAGGAGUUACAUUUGACAGUGGUGGCAUUUCAUUGAAGCCCUCAUCAGGUAUGGAUGCAAUGAGAGCAGAUAUGGGAGGGGCAGCAACUGUUUGUUCAGCCAUUGUGACGGCAGCAGCUUUAAAUCUACCUCUUAACAUAAUUGGUUUGGCACCCCUCUGUGAAAAUAUGCCCAGUGGUAAGGCAAACAAGCCGGGGGAUGUAGUUAAAGCCAAGAAUGGAAAAACAAUACAGGUAGAUAACACGGAUGCAGAAGGAAGACUGCUGUUAGCUGAUGCUCUCUGUUACGCCCACAAUUUUAAUGCAAGGGCGAUUGUGAAUGCUGCAACAUUAACAGGUGCCAUGGAUGUGGCGUUGGGGUCUGCUGCGACUGGAGUGUUCACAAACUCAUCUUGGCUUUGGACUCACCUUUAUGAGGCCAGCAUUUUGACAGGAGACAGAGUUUGGAGAAUGCCUCUUUUUGAACAUUACACAAAACAAGUAACAGACUGUGCUCUUGCAGAUCUGAGUAACAUUGGAAAGUACAGCAGAGCUGGUGGAGCAUGCACAGCUGCUGCAUUCCUGAAGGAAUUUGUGACUGUCUCUCACUGGGCUCAUUUAGAUAUAGCUGGUGUGAUGUCGAAUAAAGAUGAGGUGCCCUAUCUUCGAAAAGGCAUGGCAGGGCGGCCUACAAGAACGCUAGUAGAGUUUGCGGCUCGAUUAAGUCAAGACAGUCACAAUACCAAAUAAAAUACUUAUUCU